AGGAUCUUGGAUUUUUACGAUUACAAAAAUUAAUAAUAUCGUCUGCGAAUAAUUGUCAAUCGUCUCUUCGAAGACAUCGAUACGAAACAUGCCGACCUCAGGAGAAGCUCGUAUACGACCGACUUCUUCUUAUAAUUUAAGGUCUCGUCCACUGCCUAAAACAAGAUCGGUAACUUCUGCAGGCUCCUCGUUGUCCAAAAAUAAGGAGAAUUUACUACAUCCCUCAAGCAAGUUGAAUAUAAGCCAAAUUCCUGUGCCAGCUAGAUCCACGCCUUCAUCCAAAGCGAAAUCAGGCACCACUGUCAAGUCCAAGAACACUGCCUCAGAACGACCCAAGUCCAGAACAAGAACCGUUCCAGAUUUUGCAAAGUUGCACAAAUCAUGGCAGCAAUCAUUUAAUAAGGGAAAAGCCUGCAACAAAAAGAAGUGUACAGAGGUACGUGCGUUUGACCUCACCAAACCAGGUGCAGUUUUCCAGCCCAAAUACUUCGAUGGGACGACCACGCCAUCUGCAACUGAGGAGGAUGAAGUGUUUGAGACAGAUGAGGGCGCCCUUCACAGUAUCCUCAAUGAGGGAGUCUCAGCGACAUCCCAUCGUAGCGGAAGAUCCACCAUGACUGGCUUCGGUGGAUCAGUGGUCACACAGCCCAAGCCAAGCCGGCAAACCCUCGGAGCGCUACCCAGAACAUUCCAAGGGCGUGCGAAUAACCCACAGAACACCAGAGAUCCAGUGCAGUUUGAGAGGCACGAUGCAAAGGGAGAACAGCGGAGAGAGCCGAAUAACCCCCUGGAACAGGAGCAGGGAAGGAGGAAAGAGUCACUGGCUGAGCAGCAACAGGAUAUGGAUAUAAACUUUGAGUCUGACGCGGGGGCCCUCGCAAGUAUCCUCAACAACACAGGCGCUGACUUCCGCCAUCGCAAGGCCCCAUUAACGAGACAGACGAUCGGUACCACCAUGGGCGUUGGUCGAACCCCACAGGGUGUAUUCUCCGGGAGACCCUCACAGGGCCCUGUGAGGACAUCCAUCUACUACCAGAGGCCCCGCAACAUGAACUACAAUCGGGUAUUUACAGACUACAAAAACCUGCUUUUGUCUCGACUGAGUCUGGCAGCUCCUCCAGUCUCGAGCAAACCUCUUACAUUUGACCAGCCAACUAUACUGCAAGAAAAAACCUUACCACAGUCAGGAAGCAAGGUCAGAGGUCAAGCGUCUGAGGUCGUAGGUCAGUCUAAUCUUACAAAAUCUGCGGCCAGGAGGGUUAGAACACCAGCUACAGCGAGCCGUGUACGGAAUCAACGUUUCCAAGCAGCACUUGGUGCUCAUGACACGACCAGCUCGCCAGCUCUGAGAGCUCCUCCCUCAUCCUUGAGGAAAGCUACAAGCACGCACAAGGAGGGAAAGGCUUAUUCUGUUAAAUGGGCUGAUGUACUAAGCCCCCCUGCGGAAAGAUUAGCUGCAAACCCAUCCAAGGAUGAGUUGGCGACUACGCUAUUUACCGAUGAGGACACACAGAUCCUACAACCUGACACUCUGAGGCCCACUGUGAUUGAACAAGAGAGUCUCAAAGCAGCUUGUCUGGCCAAACAGGAUGAGAUCCAACAUCUGGAGAAGCAGGCAGCAAUCCACAGGACCGAACUUGAGGAAAUGAAUGAAAUCGAGAGACAGCUGGAACUGGAGAUCGAGAAGCUCCAACUAGAUGGCUCCCUUCUCUCGUCAUCUUCUGGAAGCCCUGGCAACAGGACAGAAGCUGAUCACCAGCUGGAUAAAAAGCAGAUCCUCUCUAGUCCAGAUGCAUCCUCCCUACAUACACAGCAGAACUUUCUGGAUGUACAAACACUGAGGCAAGAUCAUUUCUCAAGGCCUGAUUUUAACUCCUUGCAAGUUCCAUCUGCCAUCAAAGAUGGAGUAUCAGAAGUCGCUACCUCUCCGAUAGAAGUAGCUGCCCAGAGUCGGUCUGCUGGUGGAGGAGCUCCUUAUCAGAGCAGCCAACACUUUGUACCUUCAUUUCCUGUCAAUGAAAUGAUAGCGAACUCGGCAACGGACGCAACAGCCAGAACUUUAGUCGCUGGUAGACCAUUCAAGGUUGUGGAUGUCCCAGAGAAACCAUUUGCUGGACUGAGUCUGGUGCCGGAGGCAGAAGCGAAAGGCAAGAUGGAGGGUGCAAUUUAUCAAGCAGCACUUAGUCAAGGGUCAACUGUCUUGUCAAGAGAUUUCAGACCUGAAAUUCAAGGUCAGGAUUGUAUUGGAAGCCAGAACCAAGAUGUGUUCAGGACUAGCGGACAACAAAGUAGUGGAAACCAACCCCACAUUCCUAGCAGAAACUAUGAUCAUGGGACAUCCUCAAAUCAUUAUGUGCAAAUGCCAAACAAAAAGACUGACCUGCUUUGGUCUGAUUCUGGUCAAUUUAUCAAAGCUUUCUUAAAUCAACCUAUAGCCUCGAAUCAGUUUGUGAAUCAAGGCUGCCCUUCCCACACAAGCAGCACUAGUAAUCAUGGAAACACAUUUCCAUCAAGUAUUAGCAGUUUGUCAAACAGUCUUGAAACCCCUCUGAGAGAUUCCCAGUUGAGCAGAGUUGGGAUGGCCCAUGAGUCCUUCAAGGAACCAUUCAAUCCUGGCAGUAAGGAGCAAGCGGAGGAUUUCAUGGGAGACCGCCCGUCUACUUGGAUGUCUUCCACCCCAGCCCAAAUUCAAACACCUCAUGCUGUCAAACCCCAUUCCAUGAUCAAACAGCUGGCCUUAAAGCAGUCAUUGCCUUCUUCAAGUCUUCCUGGAAGCCAGUGGGUCAGUCAACACAAGCCCCCAAUACACACUCCCCUCGCUAUGAGAACUAUGUCUAUGUGGGACAAUCAGAAACCCGGCACUUCUCCUGUCCAGUAUGUUUCCCCAGUUGGUGUUCGUUCAGGGCAGAUCUGUCAGAGAGAAGCAGACCAGGAGCGCACGGCUGAGAUGCACCAUCCCAUUCCUGCACAGCCUCAGAGGGACAUACCGAAUGGUUAUCCCACUUCUGCUACUGCUGCGACAUCCAACCCAGGCAACAGCGUCACUCAUCUCCAACCAGCUGAGUGGAUAAAACCAACAAGCAGCUUGAAAUCAACAGGCCAAGGGUCAUUGUCACUUGGCGCAGAGUUGCUGACAAGUGGGGGUGCUGCUGCCUUUUUGAAGAGUAAGAUGAAACCACUUUUGUCAGCCAAAACAGACCAGCUCUUCCAAGAGGCGUUGCUGGACGAGGAGUGCGCCCUCUAUGCCUGCCGUCUACCAAGCAAGUUCAGUCCACGCAUUGCAGAGGAUCGGCUGUGCUUUGACCCAGUUGCUAAGAUUUUAAUGGACGGUGAUGACAUGCAUUUUGUUCCAAUUCAAAGCAAUGGAAAUGUGUACAUUUCAUCUCCCAUCGGUUCAGCAUUUAACAUGUACAGUACCAUCCCUAGUUGAGCAAAGUUGGAUCAGUGUUAGAUUGAGAAGAUUGGGCGUCGAGGCUUGUUUCCCAAGAGUGUGGAUUUACUUGGUGUGUCUGCAGCUACUACGCAUCAUCUAAAGUCUCUGUCUGCAUAGUUGACACUUCGCACACUUAGACACGCACUUAUCCUAUCCACCAUUUUGGGAUUCAAAAUGUACAUUGAAUUGACUCUCAAGAUUGGUGAAAUGGUAGAUGCACUUUGUGCUGUGGUGCCUUUUGCGUUGUGCAAGGAGGUAAACGAACCUGUUGCCUUGGAUUGGUCGAGUUGGUCUUUGGAAAGCGUUUGUAACCGUUUGUUAUAAA